AUGGACAGGUUUUUCUGGUUCUUCAACCAGAACAAUGUUUGUGCUUUUGUUGUUGACUGUGUGAGAAGGCAAGGAUCAUCUGCAAAAGCCAAGUCUUCAAGAAAUUUUGUUGGCUGGAUUUCAUUUCUUUUGUUUCCUGCCAACAAUUCCUACAUUAGAGACCAGUGGCUCCAUUCCAUUCAGUGGAAAAGACAUAUAUUUAGAUCAGAUAGACUUCUUAAGAAUGCCAGACGCCCUGAAAUUCUAGUUAAAGAAAUAAAGAGCCUGAUUGAUGUCUCACUAAUUACUCCAAUACAAGACCCAUCUGUCUACAGAUUUCCUCUAGACCUGGUCUCAGACUUGCUCCAACAGAAUGAUGAGUUUUUGGGGAAGGAGUUUCAGGAGAGCAUCAUUGUUGCCUUGACACCUUUACUGGAAAAGAACCAUCCAACACAAGAAAUCUGUGAAUUUUUUAGCAAGCACUGUAAAGACAGCCCUCGGUCCACUCUGGUCAUUGAACUCUUCACACCUGUAGUCCAUAGGAUACUGAAGCACAACACGGAUUUUGGCAAAUAUCCACGUAUGAGAACCUUUGUCCAGGAAUAUAUCCAGGCCCUCAACUGUCAGAAUGAUGGGCUUAAAGUAGUGCAGGCACUAGUCAAAAGCAUGCAUGGACCAGGCAGCACAUGUCCACAUCCCAGGGUGCUGCCCAAUCUGGUGGCUGUCUGUCUUGCUGCUAUUUACAAUUGCUAUGAGGAAAGAAAAAACUGUACCCAUGACAAUGUAAAUGGUGAAGACUUUGACCAUAUAGAGUGGGAGAACAAACUUCUGUGCUAUGUCUCUAUGAUGGAGACUAUGUCUGAGUUUGAUGACUGGCGCUAUGUACUGGGAAGUUUAUUGCAGCCUAUUCCUUUCCCUGAUGAUGCCAUAGCGGACUCCUUGUUUACUUCCCGUAUGAAAGUAACAAUACAUAAUGUAUCAUCGGAUGAGACAUGUGGUGUUCACCAGACAUUGCUUGGGAUUAGAGAAGGCAAGGAGGGAUGGUUCCACCUCUACUGUCCUGGGGGCAUUGCAUGUGAUGAUGAAGGCCAGCUCUGGGGGGUCAUGUUAAACACUUUGAUGAAAUGUUGCUGCAAGAGGAAAAAGUUUCUGAUGAGCAUCUCUAAAAUGAUUGGCCCCAUCAUGCUGCUGGCACUCAGGGAUAACUUUGCUGCCAUUGAGGUCCUGUGUGCCAUGCUGGAGCUGGAGGUGGUGGAGGGCCAUGACAUGAAGAUGCAGAUGAUAACAACGCUGCAGUCCACCUGUGAGGGCAAGCGCAUGUAUGCACAGCUCUGUGAGAGGCAGAUUGCCAUCAAGGAAAUGCAACAGAAAGGUGGCCCCAAGAAACUUACCUUACCAAGUAAGUCAACAGACUAUGAUCUGACCCGGAUGUUAAGCUCUGGAUCUUUUGGUAACCUUGAGUGCCUAAGUCUGGCCUUCACCCAAGUGACCAGCGCAUGUGCCAACGACUUGAUCAAACUGCCAUCUCUUCGAUAUCUCAACCUUUGGUCAACUCAGUUUGGUGACCAUGGGCUGCAGAUAAUAUCUGAACAUCUUCACAAGCUCCAGGUCUUGAACCUUUGUGAGACUCCUGUCACUGACAAAGGGCUGGCUUGUCUAGCAUCAAUGAAGAGCCUUCGUAAACUAAACCUCAACAGCACUAAUCUGUCAGCUCUUACAUUUGAAGGCUUGAAGGAGAAGCUUCCAGCCUUGCAGGAGUGUGAUGUCCGUUACACGGACGCCUGGUGACUGUGAGCGCGAGGAGUGGACGUGGUCACACCACUAAGAUUUGUUUGGUAGACAAAUCUUGAGAGAGAAAUCUCAGUCUCACUGCCUUAAGCGCACCCCUUACUACUGGCACUCUACUGGAAACUUCAAGAACAAAAUUGUAUCAGACUCUUUUCUCAAUACUUCUUCUGUCUUACACUAAUGAAGCACUGAUAUUUUUUUACUACUAGCUUUGUUUUUUCUGGGUAUUUUAUUGUGUUACUUGUAUUAUGAGCUCCCAUCUUAAGACUGGACUGCACUUGUGUCCUUGUUGCCUGCCCACUGUUGGUGAGUGUGUGUUCAUGUGAAAACAACCAUGGCUCCAUUGGGUGUUGUUUGACCACAGUUCAUGGGAUUAACAGCCAAUAUGAAACUAUUCUCAAGGUACUAUAUUGAAUAAGUUUGUUGAAAAAAAUAAUUGUUUAUCACAGUUCAUGGGAUUAACAGCCAAUAUGAAACUAUUCUCAAGGUACUAUAUUGAAUAAGUUUGUUGAAAAAAUAAUUGUUUAUCACAGGCUCUUUGAGUCCUGACAUGUUACAAAAAUGCAAUAAUUUUGUUUAUAAAAUGAAGUGUAAACAUUACUAUUUUCUAAACAUUUCCACCUUGUUCUAAUUAUACAACUAUUUGCCCCAAGAAUUUUUCCAACAGCAUAUUCAUAGAACCAGACCUUCAGCUAAAUUUUAAAUUUUCACAGUUCAAUCUGUGAUGAUUUUAUUAUCCUAAGAAUAUUCUGCUAUAAUUAGAUAUGCUUAAUAAUCCCUUGACUUUUGUAGAAUACUGCUUUGAUUCUGUCAAAAUUUAGGUUCAGAUUUAUUUGAGGAACCUGUAGCCUCUGUUUUGGGCAAGCUUCAUCAAUGCUUUAAUCUCAUUUUUUAGUUAUUUGACAUGGUAAAUGCUGUUGUUUCACCAAAUAUGAACACCCCAUGUAGCUUGAACGAAGUGUCUGAUUAUGAUCAGUUUUGUUCAAGAGAUUACAAGUUCAGAUGUUUAUAUAAUAAUAAUAAUGUGUUCUUCCUAGCUGUUAUUUUGUUCCCAUGUAACCUUGGCUAUUGAGAGUUGCAUGAGUUGUGGCUAUAGGGCACUGGUUAGCCAGAGCGCUGGAGGCCUUACAGUCAUCCCCUCACUACCAUGUUUGGUUUAUACUCUUGUCAAGCAAUUUUUUUGUACAUACAAGUGGGAGUUUGUCAUUUGUUUUUGGUUGAAUCAUUUAGCGCAAGCAUUAAUUUAAUUUGUUGGUGUGGGUCACACCCAAUGUUUUUGUGCAUUCCCUUUGGUGUUCAUUGUCUACAAAAAUUGCUAAAGCAGUCAAUCAAAACACUAGUUAGCAAAAGUUAAAAUGUUACAAUUGAGCUCUUCAGCUUGCUGCUGGAGAUUGUGCUUGAGAGCUCCAACAAGUUCUCUGGUGGGACGCCAGCUUUUUAAGCCUUAUGUUGUUGGAAACUACUUCUCUUGGGACUUUUUCACUUGGAAGUAUGGACCAAGGCCAGGCAGAAACCACACAGCACUACAUCUUGACUGGCCAAUGGAAGGUCUAAUGCUAUACAUUUCUUUUUGAGUUGGCAAGAUCCCUCACCCAAUGAGCUUCUUCAUGUAUGCUAUAGAUGUCAUUACCAUGUAUAACUUGUGCUGUAUUAUAACUUUUGGAUGAUGUCUUCUAUUUUUAUUCUAUGUAAUAACUAAUGUACCGUAACUGUGUUAUACCAUGUGUAAGUUUUCUACUCUGUUGUAUUCAACAACUGCUAGGGUAGCUUUCAAAUCAUCUUUGCAUUUAGAACAAAUGGAUCGUGUCAAGUAUAACCUCAUGACUUGCAACUAAAACAUCCACACUCACUUUCUGUCAUCCAGAUGUUUUCUUUAAUCAAAUCUAAUUCUUUAAUGUCAUCAGAAUUUGAGUUAGAAUUGUUGGUGCUAUGCCAAAACUUGUAAAGAACCAGUGACAUUCCCUGUCACCAUUAUCAGACUGUUAUUGAUGAAAUGGCCUGUUUUCUAUGACAUAUGUAGAGGCUUGUACUAGUGCUUGCCAUUCUGUCAGUAAAACGCUCUCUUGAGUUGAUUCAGUACUAAAUAUACAUGUGAUCAAGAGUGCCUUCCCUUCAGUUGAGUUUCAAGAUUUUUUUAGCAUUCAAACAUCUUAGAUUAGUUUGUAUUAUGAAUGCCCUAUUAUACUUAAGCUAUCUGCUAUAUAAACUCUACAAUGAUUCCAUCGAUAAAUCUAGUCCUUACUUCUAUACUGACAGUGCAUAUCAUUCCAUUCUUGCGAUUUUUUUUCUUUCCACAAAGUGUCAACACUCUUUCAUCAAUGUUAUACUAUGAUCAUCAGUUGUAAUCUAUUUGUUCCAUGUGUCUAGUCUGACUUUUUGUACAAUCAUCAAAUUUAUGUGCAUGAUGUUCACAUUUGAUACAUUUCUUCUAAUUAAUUCAUUAGCUAAUUUUGUUCUAUCAUGUUCAUUUAAUGUUGUUUUUUUUUUUUUGCUUUUCUCUUAUGUGGUAUAUUCCUUUGAGUUAUCUCUUUAGUUGAAACCAGUGAGGCAAGCUUUGACAUUGUACAGCAUUGAGCAUGUUUCAAUGACUGUCUUCUUGCAUUUUUCACAUUUAACUCAAUAGGGUUACUAGGGAGAUAUGUUCAAUGUUUCUUGUAACAAUAUGCAAUCUUUUCUCAUAUCAGCUUUCAGAACAAAUAUUAUUUAAUGCUUUUUCUAGAUGUGGCUUUAGUAAAUCAUGAUUAAAACAGUGGAAUGCAUACAUUCAUAAGGUAGCUGCAGUAUUGGUAUCAAUCAAAUGUAUGCUUUCUUCAGUUAAAAUACUCUAUUGCUUUUUGUUUCACAAUCAUAUUUGACUUACUUUCAAUUACUUGUCGCACACACACACACACACCAAACCCUCUCAGUGGCUGUCAUUUGUAUUUAAUCAAGAUUUACAUAUGUAGUGUUUUUACAAGUGCACAAUAUUUUCACAAGGUUAUCACCCAUGGAUUACUUAGGAAGAGAAAGUCAUUUCAUAAGGGUAUUGUACUUUUGGUUAUUGUUAAAUUAGGUUCUAGUCUCUAAAUUUGAUAUUUUUUAUUUCUAGUUAAAAUUUCAGGAUUGUUAGUUUUUCGCAUCAGUUUAAUUUGCUAGUUAUCAGCCAUUUGUGUUGGUCAUAUUACUGUUAAAAUCAUAUCAUUAGCUAGCAUACAAGAAAGUUAGAAAUAAAAUGAGUCCAAAGCUGAAAUUCUAGAACUAUGAUGCAGCACCAUUUUUUUGUUAUCUAGUAUGUGUGGCAACAAACCUGAUCAACACAAACUGUUUUGCAGCAGCACCACUACUACGGCAUUUAAUGCUGUGAUAACUCACAGAUACAACUUUUUGGCAUCUCUUACCUUUGACCUAGUAGAAAUCUUCAUUUUCUAUGUUGCACUUGUAUUUUAAAAGUUGAAACAUUACACAAUGUUCUACCAGAAGUUAAGAGUUUUUAGCAGCUUCUAAAAAAUUUUAACUAGAACCAUCUGUUGAAACAUUAGGUUACCAAAAAUGUAUAGGUUUAUUUUAGAUGGUAUAAAAAAUAGCUUGCUCAGAGUAUGAUCCCUAGGAUUUCUGGCACAAUGUUCACGAUCUGUAGCUGUGCAUGCCUUGUAUGUUUCCUAGCCAGAGAUUUUCUACUAUUGACAUUGUUGAGUUUUAAAAUUUGACGAAAAAAAUUAUUUUUUAAGAAAUGCUUUAUCGCUGGCGAAAAGCUGCAGGAAUUUAUCUGCAAUAUAAGUCUUGUAAACUUUUGUUUCAUGCAAUUGUACGGUGCUGUGAACUAAGUAUAAAAAUGGGAAGCUUGUGGGAGGGAAAAUUUCUUAGUGUCUGUGUUCCAAGCACAUAGACAAACUUUUCUUUCUGAUAAAUAUUUACAAUUUUUGGAUGUCUACACCUCUAUUUUCUAUACUACUGUAAUCAACUAGUGGAAAAAGUAGUCUGUGUAUUUAUCUAUCUAUAAAACUGAACUUACAGGGGGAAAAAUAUUUCAAACUUCAUGCAAAAAAAAAAUUCAUUUUAAAAAGGCAGCCACAUUUUGUUAGUGGUUGACUCAAAUUUUUACUGAACCGAAAAAGGCUGUGAUGUCAUUUAUUUACUUUAUUUAAUGAGUUGCAAAAACUUUAUGUCCAACUUUUAAAAACUAUUACUGAAGUUUUUUCUCCAAAUUCCUGGCCAUAUAUUAUUAUGUUUGCAGUCAAAUAAAUGGGUUUUGAUGUUGUAAACACA